GGGGGCGGCAGGACGCCUCUCCUGGCACCUGGCGCUGCGAUACCGGCCUCCGAUGGCGCCGCUUCCGCCGCAGCGGGAGCGAGGCCGUGUCGGCAUUGCGCGGGGCGAGGGGCUGGCUCGCGGCCUUCCGCCAUUACUGUUGGUGAGCAAAAGCAGGCAGGGAAGUGCGUGAGAAGUUGUUGCUCCUGUGUCACUCGGAAGCAGCGACUGCUGUUGUCCACCGUGCUCGCCCGCACCCGCUGUGGCUUAGAUCCCUCUUCCCGACAUGGCUGCAGCGAGGUGGCAGCGUUUCAGCUCCUGUGGGCCGGGGUAGAGACAAGAUGGCGCCGUUAGGAUUGAUCCGGAAAAACCUGCAAGCUGUACCCGUGUCGUACGCGAUGGAUCCAGCGUUGCACGGUGAUAAGUCCGUAGUAGAGUGCAUAUCCAAACAAAGCUCCAGGCAAACAUCUGAGGCCUGCUCUUUUGCCAUGGAAGCAGAAGAAACGAUGGAAUUCCCUGAGCAUUAUAAAGUUAUUUUGGAUAGACUGAAUGAACAACGAGAGCAGGAACAGUUUACAGAUAUCACACUGAUUGUUGAUGGUCACCAUUUCAAAGCUCAUAAGGCUGUUCUUGCUGCCUGUAGCCAGUUCUUCCACAAAUUCUUCCAAGAUUUCACUCAGGAGCCUUUAGUGGAGAUUGAAGGUGUAAGUAACAUGGCAUUUCGUCACUUAAUUGAAUUCACCUAUACAGCAAAACUAAUGGUUCAGGGUGAGGAAGAAGUCAAUGAUGUUUGGAAAGCAGCUGAAUAUCUACAGAUGUUAGAAGCAAUCAAAGCACUUCAAAUCAGGAACAAAGAAAAUUCAUCCCCUUUGGAAUCAAACCAAGAAGAUAAAAAUAAACCAAAAAAGAGGAAGAUAGCUGAAACCUCUAAUGUUAUCACAGAAACACUGCCAUCUGUAGAAUCGGAGCCUGUGGAAAUUGAGGUUGAGAUUGCUGAAGGGACAAUCGAAGUGGAAGAUGGCAGCAUUGAAACAGUUGGAAAAGUAGCUUCUGCAGAGCAAUCUGUGAAGUACAUACAGACAACGGGUACAUCGGAUGAAUCUGCUUUGGCUCUUUUGGCAGACAUUACCAGCAAGUAUCGCCAGGGAGACAGAAAAUGCCAGAUCAAAGAAGGUGAUAGUGAAACUGAUUCCUCGUGCAAACAGGUAGAAGGUAUUGAAAUUGUGGAGCUUCAGCUGUCACACAUGAACAGUUUAUUCCACUGUGAGAAAUGUAACCGUUCAUUUAAAUUAUUUUACCAUUUUAAGGAACACAUGAAAACACACUCUACUGAGAGUUACAAGUGUGACAUAUGCAAUAAAAGGUACCUACGAGAGAGUGCUUUGAAACAGCAUCUCACCUGUUACCACCUUGAUGAAGGUGGUGCCAGCAAGAAGCAAAGACCUGGUAAAAAAAUACAUAUAUGCCAGUACUGUGAUAAGCAGUUUGACCACUUUGGACAUUUUAAAGAGCACCUCCGGAAGCACACAGGUGAAAAACCAUUUGAAUGUCCCAACUGCCAUGAACGUUUUGCAAGGAAUAGCACGCUCAAAUGUCACCUGACAGCAUGUCAGUCUGGAGCUGGAGCUAAAAAGGGAAGAAAGAAAUUGUAUGAAUGUCAGGUUUGUAACAGCGUGUUUAACAGCUGGGAUCAAUUCAAAGAUCACUUGGUAAUUCACACUGGUGACAAACCUAACCACUGUACCUUAUGUGAUUUGUGGUUUAUGCAAGGCAGUGAGCUGAGAAGGCAUCUUAAAGAAAGGCAUAGUAUUGAAGAAAGAGUAAUAACAGAAGAGCCUCUUCCGGUGGGAGCUGAACCAGUAACAUCAAUGACUAUAAUAGAACAAGUGGAGCAAGUCCAUGUCCUACCAGUAAUUCAGGUACAAGUGGAUCCUGCACAGGUAACUGUGGAAGAGAUGCACCAGGAUCUCAUACAGGACAAUCAAGUGAAAGGCACACAGGUAGAUGAACUGCAAGAACAGGUGCAAAUCAGUUACUUGGAAGUUGAACACAUUCAGACUGAACAAGGUGCUGAAGUUCAUGUGGAGCAGUUACAUGUUGAGCAUGUAAAUCAGAUACAGAUGGAAGAAGUACAGGAACUUACAGAUGUACAGAAGUACAGAUGUAUAGAACUUAUAGAUGGAACAGACCUUGAGCAAGUAGAAUAUGAAAGUGCUAACCAAGGAGGUGCAGAAGAACCUGAAAAAAUAGAUGAUGCAGAUAAGGAGAAUCAUGAACAAGCUGAAGAUGUGAAAGUUCAAUUAGUGGACGCACAGAAUGAAAAGGUGGAUGACCAGGACAAAUAAAUCACACUGCAGGUUUAGAAAUAGAAUACCAAAUUAUAUAUUUUUGUGAACUUGUACAUUUUUUUUUAACUGUCAGUGGUCACUUUACUGAUAAGCUGUCCUUUGGAAGCUGGUCAAGUGGACCAAAAUUAUCUUUCUUCAUGCACAACUAAACUUAGUCCAUAUGUGAAAAAUACCUUUCCUAUUCAUGUAAUACCAUGGAAUAGAAACUACCAUAGAUGUGGACAGCUUUAUGGGGAUAUUAAUAGCUUGUAUUGUUCUUAUGCUGUCCUUGAGUAUAUGUUAGAGUAAUUUCACCUCUUUACCUCUUGUUGCAGAUUUGCAGGAUGUCUGUGGCAGAAGCAUCAGUUAAAAUUUAGUGGGUUUUAUUGCAAAUGGCAGUGAAUUUCCAGAUCACACUGCUGUAUCCUGACAGUGUUCUCUAACUUUUAGAUUGGGGAAAAACGUUGUUCCCGGAAUCUCUGAGCACAAAAAUUCUGUGCCUUUUAAAACACUGACUGGUUAAAUUUCCACUAAGUACCUAGAGUGUUCAAGAACUAGUUCAGUAAAAGGCAGUGUAGGAAAUGUUACAGUGCUUUGUAUUUUUGCUCACAAUUUUCAGCUAUUGGUUUAUUUUUCAUUAAAUUUAGAAGCAGAUGGCUGGGGGAGGAAAAAGAUUCUAUGUGCAGGCAGACGGACACUCUAGAAAGGACAAUUAAAAGUAGGAAAAGCUCUGUAGGGCCUCUUUUUGAAUUGACAUUUCUUUUAAAUUGAGUAUAUUUAAUCAUAAAUUUAGAGAAGACUUGUCUAUACUGUAUCAGGGUCCUGGUUUUUUUUUAAACAAAAUUUGGACACAACACAAAUAUGUAGUACACGUAAAAGCCAUAGGAAUGAGUGCUAAUCUGUGGAUUGAAAUGUAGGAGUGUAAAUAAUUUAAUCAAUAUUAGACAAUAAAACAAUACCAACCAUGAAAUGUUGCUUUUUUUUUUUUUCAUCCAAUUAAUUGGGAACAACUGAGUGACUGGCAAUUACAGUGCCAACUCCCAAUGGCAAGAAUCAGUCUCAUUUUUAAUAAGAUUAAUAGCUCUUUACUGUACAGUUAAGAUUUGUUUAGAAAUUAUUGUCCAGUUCUGCAUUUGAGGAUGUUAAGGAGUUCUAAUUCUUAAUUACUGCUUUGAGAUUAGAGGUGCUUCACACUUCUGAAAAACUUUCUAUUCAGAGCCUUAACCAAAAGGAAGAAUUCUUGCAAAGACAUCCCUUAAUGCUUUUGGUAAUGAUGUAGUUCUUAGUUGAAGUCAGGCUUUUCUCUUCAGUCUUCUUCAAAUGCAGAAUUGUUUCUGGGGAUUUGUGCUUUAUUUAGUCUUGUUCAAAAUUAUUAUUGUGUUCCAGCAUAGCCUUUGAGAAACUGUAGCAAAACAAACAUGGAUCACAAUUAAAAUUUCAAAUGAUUUCUUAAA